AUGCCGAACCGACAGAAGCAGCUCAUCUUCUCCGCAUCCGGCGUCUUCGGCCUCUCCUGCGCCCUCACGGCCGCCGUGGCCACUGGGCUGCCGUUCUGGGUCAACGGGACCAUGCUGUGCCGAACCGGGGCCGAGUUGGUCAAUGCCAGCGGACCCGAACUGGACAAUUUCCUGGGAGAGCUGAGCUACGGACUGUUCCACGGGGAACGGGUGAAGAAGUGCGGCCUGGGAGGGAGGCCGUCCCGGUUCUCAUUCUUCCCAGAGCUGCUCAACGCCGUCCCAGCAGGCCUCCACAUCUCUGUGAUCUUCUUCUGUGGUGUGGUGAUCCUCUUCUCCUCCGUGGCCUCCGGCCUCUUCUUCUUUAAUGCUUUUGGCCGGCCCUAUGAGACGCUGCAAGGCCCGCUGGGACUUUACCUGUGGACCUUCAUCAGCUGUGUUUGCAGCUUCCUGGUGAUGAUUCUGUUUGCGUCCGAGGUGAAGCUCCAUCAUCUGUCGGAGCGGAUCGUAAACUACAACGAGGUGAACUUCGUGUUCCAGACGUUCUCGGAGCGCUACGACCGCUCCUUCUGGCUCUUCUUCCUCAUCUUCUUCCUGCACGGGUUCAACAUCUUCCUGAUCCGACUGGCGGGGAUCCAGUUCCCCUUCCAGGAGUCCAAAGGGCUCGAGCUGAGCGGGGGCGCGGCCGACCUCUUGUACUGAUGACUGGACUGAAUGGACCCAGUUUUAAACUGGUUCAUGAGUAAACCACAUGGACGCUCAGUGUCUGGACUGGACCUGAGGAACCAACGUAAGGGAUGAAGUCGGGAUUCAGCACUUUUCCUGGUUACAUUUUCCCAGACUCUUGAAAGGAGCUGAAGUUCUGGAGCGUGAUCCUGGUCCACAGCAGGUUAACAUCCAGGUUGACUGGGUUCUAGUCACUGAUGUUUUAGUUUAUCUAUUACAAAUCGUUUCCUGCAGACAUCGUCUCAAUCAGUGUGGAUUAAGUUCAUUUAAGUUUGUCACACGUUUGUUAUUUAGCCAUUUUUUUUAUAUGUAGAUCAUCAUGCUUGGUUCUAUGCAGAUAUCUGCUCAUAUUGUAUUUGAUGAAUAUCACUGUGCAUUAUUGUGAUUGCUGAGUUUAAACUGUUGAUGCAGAGUCGGUUUCAGUCACAUCCAUAUGAGGUUCUGUUCAGUCUCCUGUAAAGGUUCCUUCACUGGUUUCUCCUGUCAGUGGCCUUUUAUUGAUCGACACAGUGACGAGGAGACGUUGACGCUCAGACGAGCAUCCAGAGUUUUCUGUUCCAGUAACAUUCAUGUUUUAAUGCACUCAUUACAUUUUGGUUCCUGUU